AUGGGUAUAUUUGACGACUUUUUCGAGAAGGCAAAGUCGUUUCUAGGUCAGGAAGAAGGUGAAGUUCAGGAAACAGUAAGUGUUAUUUCAUUUUUUUUAUUGUUGUUUAGAAAAAGUGCUACUAUGAACUGUUGGAAGUUCCUCGUGAUGCGACGGAUGAUCAAAUUAAGAAGUCUUACCGAAAGCUGGCUUUAAAAUAUCAUCCGGAUAAGGUGGAGCCGGAACAACGAGAGCGAUGUACAGCUUAUUUUGUUCUUCUUCAAGCUGCUUAUGAAGUUUUAAGUGAUCCUCAAGAACGGGCGUUUUAUGAUAAGCACAGGGAGAAUAUUAUACAAGGAUGUAGGUAUUAAGUAUUAUAUUGUUUUUAUUGGGUUUAAUCUUUAGAUUACUUUGUAGAUUUAUUUUUGUUGAUCUGUUUUUAGCUUCACCUGAAGAAAAGAAAGACACUGGCAUAAACUUAUAUCCAUUCUUUCAAAAGUGCUUUAACGGUUACGAGGACGAUGAAGACGUAUGUUUUAUACACAUCUUAAUAGUUUAAAAAGUGAUUUUGACACAUGCUAGCUAUUUUUAAUCAAAAAGUAGUUUUUGUUCAUGCCGUAUGAAGAUUUUAGACGAAUGUCACAAGUGAUAAAUUUAAUUUAAGAACUACGUUGUGUAUAAGCCGGAUUAUAUGGUUGUGAUUUUCAGGGGUUUUAUUCAGUUUACCGGCAGUUAUUCGACAAGUUGGCUGCCGAGGAGUAUCCUUAUAUAGAAGAAGAUGAAGAGCAUGAGUUUCCUUCGUUUGGCUAUGCAAAUUCUGAUUACGAUCAAGUUGUGGGACCUUUCUACGGGUUCUGGAGUUCGUUUUCUACGCUACGGUCUUUUGCUUGGUUAGAUAAAUAUGAUCUACGACAAGCAAACGAUAGGUAUACUAUAAAAUGUAUGGACAAAGAGAACAAGAAGUUAAGAGAUGUAGGAAAGAAACAAAGGAACGACGAUAUAAGGGAAUUGGUAGCUUACAUAAGGAAACGGGAUAAGAGGGUUCAGAGGUAUCGCGCUGAAUUAGAAGAACGGAAGCAGAAGGAGUUUGAAAGAGUUGAAGCUGAAAGAAAGCGACAAAUCAGGGAAAACUGGGAGAAGUUGAAGGACGAAGAAGUUGCGGAGAUGAGCAAGGAACAUCUGGAAGACUUGGAGAAGUUAGAGAAUGAGUUGGAUGAACAAUUUGGAGCUUUGGAUUGUGAUGAUGACGAUGCCAGCUUCUACUGUAUUGUGUGUGAGAAGAAAUUUAAAACGAAGUAAGUUUAGUUUUAUAUUUCAUUUUUUUAUAUAAUACUGUAUGUUUGCUUUAUUGCAGUUAUUUUUUUUUAUUCUUGAAGCUUAUUUUAAAUAUACUUAUGGCAGUUUAACACUGAUUCUUUUAGAAAAUCUUUCCAAAAUCAUGAGAAAUCAAAGAAACAUAAGCAAGCUUUAGAAGAGUUGAAGGAAUUUAUGAAUCAAGAUGACCAGAUGUUGUUGGAAGAUGAAGAAAGUGAAGAAGAACAGCAACAAACAAAAAGGAAGAAGAAAAAGAAGAGAGGAAAGGUGGAAGUGUAAGUUUUUAUUGCUCAAGUUUUCAUCAUUAUUUCUUUUAAUUGAAGCUUACAUUAUUGCGUUUAAUUUAAUACUAAAAUAUUUUUUAGGCCAGUUGUUGAUGAUGAUCCUACAGAAGAAUCAAGCAAGCCUUUACCAGACGAUGAUACUGUGGAUGAACCUGGAGUAGCUGAAGUUAAGGAUGAGAAUGAAGUUGAAACGAAAGAAGAAAAUGUUGUUGUAGAGCCGAUUGGCAAAAAGGGCAAGAAGGAGAAAAAACGUAAGUUUAUAUUGUUGUUUGUUAUUUUGAAAGCUUGUUUUAAGGUUCAUACAAUAAGAAUUGACAGUUUUUUUUGAAGUUUUAAAGUUAUGAAGUAGAAUUUACAGCUUUUUUUAAUUAAUAAUCGCAUAUUUAAUGAUUUUUAAAUGAUAUUACCUAAAAUGAUCUUUUUCAGAAAAACAGAAGGAGCCCAAAAAGCCUACUGGCCCCACGGUACCAGUGGAAUCGGAAUGCAAAGUUUGUGGUCUGGACUUUCCGUCGCGCUCGAAACUCUUUGCUCACAUCAAGGACACGGGUCAUGCAGCUCUUAAGACCGAUGUUCCGAGCACCGCCCCGACCGGUCGGACGAAGAAGAAGAACCGCUAA